AUGACUCCCGCGACAGAACUCGCGAAGACAGAGGAGAUUCUUACUAUCGUGGGCGAUCGCCAGGUCGGAUUCUCUUACUUUAGCGAAUGGUGGAGAAUGAACGAGAAAAUCAAGGAAGAUAAAGAGCGAGCGCGGACUGGACGCCGUCGCGAGGCAGAACGGCCUCGCGGACCCAAGGAAGCCCAGGAGGAACGGGAAAGGGAGAAAGCCAAGAUCCAGGCAGCGUACGACGCGUACAAGGAAGAAUUGCAGGCCAAGAUGGCUCGCACCUUUGUAUCCGAGCACAAGGGUGAGCAGUGGUUCAAGGAGCGCUACGUUGCGGAAGUGAGGGAUCCUUUCCGCGCGAGACUUAACGAGAUGCGCAAAGGCUCGUAUGCGCAAUGGGAACAUGCCGUUGAAGCGGGUGUGCUCGAUGACCUCACCCUCGAGGGUCUGACGAAGAAUGAGAACGGCGUAGCCGUGACAGACAAAGAAGAGGGUGAAACUCACGAUGUCCUUGGAGUAGGCGACUUGGUCCCUACCACCAGUGCGGAUGUGAGGGACGAGGCACAGCUGCAACCUGCGUUGCUCAUCAAGACCAUUGCUCCUCACGUGAGCCGGGCAAACCUGGAAUCUUUCUGCAGGGAACAUCUCGGCGAAGAGGAAGGAGGCUUCAAAUGGCUGUCAUUGUCCGACCCCAACCCAAGCAAACGGUACCACCGCAUCGGCUGGGUGAUGCUGCACCCUGGCCCAGAUACGGAGAUGGCAACCGAUCGCGUCGACCCGAAGGACGAAGAUAGAGAUGGUGAUGAGCCGAUAAGAUCGCCGCAGCCAUCGCCCCAGCUCGUCAGCACAGCCGAGAAGGGUCUGCAGGCCAUCAAUGGCAAGACGGUCAAGGACGAGCAGCGCGGUGACUUUGUGUGUCACGUUGGAAUCCACAACCCGCCGAGCAACCCAAGAAAGAAGGCUUUGUGGGACUUGUUUUCGGCGCCAGAACGGAUCGACCGCGACCUCGAGCUGAUCCGCCGACUCGUGAACCACUUUGAGGAUUCCUUUGGGACGGACUUCCAGGCCAUCGUCAAGGUCGAGGAGCGUGUCGAAAACAUGAGGAAUGAGGGCCGUCUGCAGCCGCCCGCACUCCCGACGACCAAGAAGGCGGUCAAGCAUGAGCCCGAGAAUGAUGAAAUGCUCGACGCCGAGACGGGCGCCGUUGACGAGGAAGAGGAAGAAGAGGGCGCCAUUGAGGACGAGGACGCCGUGGACGACGAGGAGCUUCUUGCCAAGAAGAAGCAGCUGGACAUGCUGAUCGAGUACCUUCGACGCGUGUUUAACUUUUGCUUCUUUUGCGUGUUUGAGAGCGAUUCAGUCCAUGAGCUGACCCGCAAGUGCCCAGCCGGCCAUCUCCGUCGACCGCGCUCGACACUGUCCCCUACCGCUCGCGAGGUAGCCCGCGCCAGCGCUCUCGGAGAACCGUUCCCCGAGAAGAAGCGCGUCGACAAGGUCGAAGAGGGCGAGAUUGACAGUCCGGAAGGAGAGCGAAAGCCCCGAGGCGCGACGAGUAAAGCUGAGCAGCAGCUGCUUCGAGCUUACAAUUGGGUCAAGACCUUUGAAGACAAGGUGAUGCAGAUCAUUGACCCCGCGUCAGCCGACCUCCGGAAGCUUGGUGGUCGCCCAACGGAAGAAGCCGUGGAGGAAGAGAUGCUCAAACAUGUCAAGCAGGAGGAUGAGCACAAGUUCAGGUGCAAAGUGCCCGAAUGCACCAAGUUGUUCAAGGAAGAGCACUUUUGGAAGAAGCACGUCGAGAAGCGGCACUCUGAUUGGCUCGAUGGCCUGAGAGAAGAGUUUGACCUGGUGAAUGCCUACGUGCUGGACCCUGCACAUAUUGCCCCGUCGCGAACAGACGCCAACAGUAAUGGCCACUUCCCGCAGCCGAAUGGACAAGGCAUUGCCGGCACACCGAGGGGGUUCAACCUCUCCAACUUCUCCAUGAACGGUAUGAUGCCGAACCUCCCCCUACCUGGGGCCAACUUUGGCCAAUUCCUCGCGGGGAUGCAGCCUGGUGGCUUCAACGGCAUGGGCGACGACCGAACAGGGGGCCCUAUGCGUCGCGGGGGCAUGCAGAGCAACCGCGGCCAAUUCAGAUCUGGACCCUACGAUCGUCGUGGAGGGCGGUUUGACCCUGGACGCCGCCCCGGUGGCUCGCGCUGGGGGGACGGUGCUGGGGCUGCUGCCGGUGGCCCACAGGAGGCCGUCCAAGGGCGCAGCCUGAAGAGCUACGAGGACUUGGACCAUGUGGCAGGAGGUGGCAGCGGCGAGCUCAACUACUAG